GAGAGAGGACUGGGGAGGGAGGAAGGGAAGGAGGCAGAGAGAGAGAGAGAGAGAGAGAGAGAAAGAGAGCGCGCGCGAGAGAGCGAGGAUCGCUUGCUUCCUUGCUUCCUAAGCAGGGAUUUGCCUGCGAUGCGCGGCGAGAGGACUGCGGCGGCUGAUUUACACAGUUGGCGCGGAGGAGGGGCCGGGGGUGCGGGGGGGCCCAGCUGGCGGAGGCUCCGGCGAUGGGCUGAUCUGGGGGCUCCCGAGCGCCGCUCCCUCGGUGCGCGAUUUGGGGGCGGCUGAUGGAUCUGCCUUCGGGUUCCAGCCCCUGCGUGUCCUAUCUCGCCUCCCUAAUACCCGACCUGGCGCUCCCAGUUUUCGGAGCAGACGUCGUUUUGUAAUCAACCACGAAUGAUGAAACCGUCCGUAGCUGAGAUGCUUCACAGAGGGAGGAUGUUGUGGAUAAUUCUUCUAAGCACAAUUGCUCUAGGAUGGACUACCCCGAUUCCCCUGAUAGAGGACUCAGAGGAAAUAGAUGAGCCCUGUUUUGAUCCAUGCUACUGUGAAGUUAAAGAAAGCCUCUUUCAUAUACAUUGUGACAGUAAAGGAUUUACAAAUAUUAGUCAGAUCACAGAGUUCUGGUCAAGACCUUUCAAACUGUAUCUGCAGAGGAAUUCAAUGAGGAAAUUAUACACCAACAGUUUUCUUCAUUUAAAUAAUGCCGUGUCCAUUAACCUUGGGAACAAUGCAUUGCAGGACAUUCAGACAGGAGCUUUCAAUGGUCUUAAGAUUUUAAAGAGGCUGUAUCUACAUGAGAACAAAUUAGAUGUCUUCAGAAAUGACACCUUUCUUGGCUUGGAAAGUCUGGAAUAUCUGCAGGCAGAUUACAAUGUCAUUAAACGUAUAGAAAGUGGGGCAUUUCGUAACCUAAGUAAGCUGAGGGUUCUCAUUCUAAAUGAUAAUCUCAUCCCCAUGCUCCCAACAAACUUAUUUAAAGCUGUCUCUUUAACGCAUUUGGAUCUACGUGGGAACAGGUUGAAGGUUCUCUUUUACCGAGGAAUGCUAGAUCACAUUGGCAGAAGCCUCAUGGAGCUCCAGCUGGAAGAAAAUCCUUGGAACUGUACCUGUGAGAUUGUACAGCUGAAGAGCUGGCUGGAACGCAUUCCUUACACUGCCCUGGUGGGGGACAUCACCUGUGAGACACCUUUCCAUUUCCAUGGGAAGGACCUUCGAGAAAUCAAGAAGACAGAACUGUGUCCCUUGCUGUCUGACUCUGAGGUGGAGGCUAGUUUGGGUAUCCCCCACUUGACAUCAAGCAAGGAGAAUGCAUGGCCAACUAAGCCCUCUUCCAUGUUGUCCUCUGUGCAUUUUACUGCUUCUUCUGUUGAAUACAAGUCCUCAAAUAAACAGCCUAAGCCCACCAAACAACCCCGAACACCAAGACCACCCUCCACAUCCCAAGCUUUAUAUCCUGGUCCAAACCAACCUCCCAUUGCACCUUAUCAGACCAGACCACCAAUUCCCAUUAUAUGUCCUACUGGGUGUACCUGUAAUUUGCACAUCAAUGACCUUGGUUUGACUGUCAACUGCAAAGAACGAGGAUUUAAUAACAUUUCUGAACUUCUUCCAAGGCCAUUGAAUGCCAAGAAACUGUACCUGAGCAGCAAUCUCAUACAGAAAAUAUACCGUUCUGAUUUUUGGAAUUUUUCUUCCUUGGAUCUCUUGCAUCUGGGAAACAAUCGUAUUUCUUAUGUCCAGGAUGGGGCCUUCAUCAACCUUCCCAACCUAAAGAGCCUCUUUCUCAAUGGCAAUGACAUAGAGAAGCUGACACCGGGCAUGUUCCGAGGCCUACAGAGUUUGCACUACUUGUACUUUGAGUUCAAUGUCAUACGAGAAAUCCAGCCUGCGGCCUUCAGCCUCAUGCCCAACUUGAAACUGCUGUUCCUCAAUAACAACUUGUUGAGGACCCUUCCAACGGAUGCCUUUGCAGGCACAUCCCUGGCCCGGCUCAACUUGAGGAAGAACUACUUCCUCUACCUUCCUGUGGCUGGCGUCCUGGAACACUUGAAUGCCAUUGUCCAGAUAGACCUCAAUGAGAAUCCUUGGGAUUGCACUUGUGACCUGGUGCCCUUUAAACAGUGGAUUGAAACCAUCAGCUCAGUCAGCGUGGUAGGUGAUGUGCUUUGCAGGAGCCCUGAGAACCUCACCCACCGUGAUGUGCGUACUAUUGAGCUGGAAGUUCUCUGCCCAGAGAUGCUGCAUGUUGCACCAGCUGGGGCAUCCCCAGCCCAGCCUGGAGAUUCUCACCUUGUUGGGGGGCCAACAAGUGCAUCACCUUAUGAGUUCUCACCCCCUGGGGGCCCUGUGCCGCUUUCCGUAUUGAUCCUCAGCCUGCUGGUUCUGUUUUUCUCCGCAGUCUUUGUCGCUGCAGGCCUCUUUGCCUAUGUGCUCCGCCGGCGACGGAAGAAGCUGCCCUUUAGAAGUAAGCGGCAGGAAGGCGUGGACCUCACUGGCAUCCAGAUGCAAUGCCACCGGCUAUUCGAGGAUGGUGGAGGCGGUGGUGGUGGUGGAAAUGGAGGUGGAGGUCGACCAACGCUUUCCUCCCCAGAAAAGGCCCCUCCUGUGGGGCAUGUGUAUGAGUACAUCCCGCAUCCAGUUACCCAGAUGUGCAACAACCCCAUCUAUAAGCCUCGCGAGGAGGAAGAAGUGGCCGUAUCAUCGGGCCAGGAAGCAGGGGGCGCGGAGCGUGGGGGCCCUGGGACACAACCACCGGGAAUGGGUGAGGUUCUCCUAGGAAGUGAGCAAUUUGCUGAGACACCCAAGGAGAACCACAGCAACUACCGGACCUUGCUGGAGAAAGAGAAGGAGUGGGCCCUGGCCGUGUCCAGCUCCCAGCUAAACACCAUAGUGACGGUGAAUCACCAUCACCCUCACCCUCACCACCCGGCAGUCGGUGGGGUUUCAGGGGUGGUCGGGGGGUCCGGGGGAGACUUGGCUGGAUUCCGCCACCAUGAGAAGAACGGCGGGGUGGUGCUGUUUCCUCCAGGGGGAGGCUGUGGUGGUGGCAGUAUGCUACUAGACCGAGAUAGGCCACAGCCAGCCCCCUGCACGGUGGGAUUCGUGGACUGCCUUUAUGGCACAGUGCCCAAAUUAAAGGAACUGCACGUCCACCCUCCUGGCAUGCAAUACCCAGACUUACAGCAGGACGCCAGGCUCAAAGAAACCCUUCUCUUCUCAGCUGGAAAGGGCUUCACAGACCACCAAACCCAAAAAAGCGAUUACCUCGAGUUAAGGGCCAAACUUCAAACCAAGCCGGAUUACCUCGAAGUCCUAGAGAAGACAACAUACAGGUUCUAACGGAAAGCUGAAAAUAAAUUAGUGCUUUUUUUUUUUUUUCUUUUUUUUUGGAAAGGAAAAGGAAAAUAAAUCUACCCCUCGCUCCCUUUCAUUUGUCCCAGUAACUCCAUCCUCACCAUCUUUCCUGUCCUGAACAGGACUGACAUCGCAUGACAAUUCGAGACACAGAUGUAUGCUCUCCCUUCUCAGAUGUGAUUUGGAGGAAGGGCCACACUCAGAUCAUUAAUCAAUGAAGUGCCUUCGCAGACUUUUGCCAGCAAAUGUUACCAUUAUUUUUUUAUACUGAAACUUAAGACUUUGACUGUGCCAUGUAUAAGGUAUACUGGGGAUCGUUCUAUUGAUCCUAAUUCAGUAAAAUUCAAAGUGUCUUUUUAUUUUCAAUAACUUUUUUCUUUAGUUAGAAUUUUGUUCAAAAGGGAGGGGGGAAUUGACGUUUGUGGCUUUCUUUCCUCUUCCCAUCAUGGCACAGAUUCUGUACAUGUAUGAACAAUGCAGUUUGCUGCAUGCCUGGAAACUGCAAGACGGGGAGGGGGGGCGGGUCUUGCUCGAAUGUUCUCACUCAUUCUUGUCUCUCACGCACAUACUCAGCCCACAGGUCCUUGCACAGUUAGGUCCUCUUUCUGCUCUUACAGGUACACACACACCAACACACACACACACACAUGCACACACACACACCACGUCCAUUCAACCCAAACUACUUAGUUCGGGUUUGAUACAUUUCUCUCCUCUCUGGAGUUUCACCUGCCCUUCUUCCCUAGUGUACAGCUCACAGCAUCUCUCCUACCACCCUGGAAAAGUCACAUUCGAGGCUGGAUCCUACUGAAGUGAAGGCCUGGUGGUUUAACAGCUGGAGACAGACGCCUAGGGAUAAGUACCCUCUUUGUGACACUUCAUCCUGACACCAAUAUUUUUUGGAGAACAUGUGCACUUUCUUAUAUAUAUAUAUAUAAUAUUAAAAAAUUAAAAAGCAACUGGGUAUAUAUCACUAACAGCUUUGUAGGAAGCACUUUUAAUGUUUUCUCUCACACACACAAAGAUUCAAAAGAAAUGUGCAUAUAUUUAUUCUGUAAUUUCAGUGAUUAUAAAUUGUAAAGGUAAUGUUUAAUCAUUGUAUAGUGAUUAUGCGUCUGGUAUAGCUUUCCUAAUAAAAAGUUUUUGAAAAACAUAAUAUAUUAUAUAUAGAGGAUACAAAGCUUGAACCUUAAACUUCAGCUAUGCCAUGCCUUUCGUGCUCCCAUCUUACAAAUAUAUUUCUUUUAUUUGUUAUACAGAAAACUAAUUUAUUAACAAGUUUGAUUCACUGUGAUGUUGAUAAGUCUUAUAAUCCAUUACCCCCAUCCCAUGCUAGGAUACAAUUAGGGCUUAAUGAAAUCUGAUUUAUAGUUCACUUCUUUUUCUUGGAUUGUGAAUUUCAAACUUAGUAUCCCAAUGACGCAUCGUUCGCAAGGUAGGAUGCAUUUGGGGGAAAUUAACUACAUGGCUAAAAACUACAGAAUUAUCAGGAGAAUGGAUUCAAGGAUUUAUGCAUUUCCAGAUAGUAAAUGACAUAGAGGAAAAGAAAGGUGAACUUGUUAUUCUUGGAAAGCUAGGCACUAAAAUCAGACAUAUAUACUCUUACCUACGCACAGGUACACAUAGCACCCAAUCAAAGGUCUCGGAGCCAGUUCAACUUUCAGAAUCCCAUUAUCUGUGGAAGUUGUCAGUGCUAUAUUUGGCUACCAUUUUUUGUUUUCAUUUUUUUGUUUCGUUUUGUUUUGUUUUGUUUUGUUUUGUUUUUCUAACCACUCACUACAACUGGCCCCAGAAUGCUUGAUCUAAGGGGAUGCCGAAUGAGGUUUCCUUUUUGGACAGUAAGGUUAUGCUACAAAAUUAAUCUGACAAUAAUCCAAGUUAUUAUCUAUUUCCAUGUGAACAAAACCAAAGACAUUGGAUUUUUUUUUUUUAGGUGCCAGUAUUUUGUUCAAAAGAAACUGGAGAGCUUUGAGGCAGUCAUAAAUUCAGCCAGCAGAGGGCAGCAGAGCUCCAAUGAUCCACCAACAGCGCUGCAGCCUUGCGCAGGGAGGCCAGUGUUUUUAACUAGUGUUUCCUCCAACUGCCCUUAGAAAUUGUCAUUAUGUGUUGAAUGUAAUUCAUCACAAGUCACUGAUGCCUUACAUCACAUUUUUCCCCACAAGGAAUUAGAAUAGCAGCUUCUAAAGGUCUGUGGUUGAUACACUAAGGCACUGUACUUAAAACAAGCCCAUAAAUGUCUAGAAGAACAUACUCUAUAUAUAUCCUGAAAUUUUCAUGUAAGUACCAACACAGGUACUCAAACUAAUAAAAAACUCAAGGCAACAAUAUAAAACUCUGAAAUUUCACUGCUCCCUUGCGGACAUGUUGUACCUAUAACUUUGUCUCUAUUAUUUGAAGUAUGUUAGAGAACAGAAAAGAUCCCAUGAAUAUGAUUCACUCUCUAAUUUUUUGUACAAUAUUUAAGUAAAGCUCUUCUUAUACCAGAAAGUCAGUUCCAUGAUUAAAUAGGUGUCAUUCCUUUUUUGUUGUUUUCUUCUAUAUUCUUCUUCUUCUUGAUUUUACUUUGCAAGUCACCUUUUCCCCAUCUGUUGUUUUGCCUUUCUCAUUCUUUCCAAUCGUCUCCCUCCUCCACGAAUUUCUUUUUGUAAGGCACAGAAACUCAGUACUUUCCCCAAAGUGUUUGGGAACCUAAAUUUUGGAAUCUCAAUUUAUCAUGCUUCCAUUUCUUCCAAUCAAAACAUUUUGGUGAAUGGUAGAAAGCAUGUAUCCAGUAAAAAUUCAGCGUGCAAAGCCAGAUACUGCUGAACACCAUCACCAUAACAUGGCUUAUUGCACCAAUCAAGAUAAAGUGUGAUCCCUGAAAGACAAAGACCCUGAUGCUUCCAACAUUUGAAAGAUGAGUCUCCACAAACCUUAUUAAUUUGCAAUAUAACUUGAUAAUAAUGAUGCUUAAAUUCAUAUAUAAAAUAGAGAGACUAUCUUGUCUUAAACAGAGCUAGAAAUUUCUCCCUUGAAUAAGGAAUAAAUUUGAUGAAAAUAAAUUUAUAUGAGAGUGGAAUUUUCUACUCAAGGAGAUAAUUUUUUCUUCCAGGGAGAUUUCUACCCCCUGAUCAAACCACCUAUUUUAGCUGUGCAUUAAAAUUACUUAAAUUAGCUUUAAUUUAUAAUUCCUGAUGUGUUUUCAUGAAAUAUCAUGGUAUAUAGGUACUAUGGUUAGGAUCUAUUUUAUGUUUUGCUACAGUAAAAUAUUUUUUUAAGAAAAAAAUAGAUCACUAAUGAACUUCAUAGUUGUUAGUCGAUUUGAUUGAAGCAGUACCAAAUCUUACAUAUAUUUGCUAUUACUCAUUGCUAUUUUUAUUACUAAUGAUAGUAAUAAUACUGGAAAUAAUAAACAUAUUGAAAUAUCCCUUAAUCUAUAACAUGGUUAGUGAAAAAUAAUUGAAAAUGAACUAUCAGUUUAAUUCAGUAAUAGUUUAACAUGUUAUAUAUCAUAUAUGGUAUUAUUUAUGUGUAUGCCUUUAUAUUUUUAUUUAGAAAGUUAUCUUAUUUCAUCUAAUUGCAAAAUAGUUAAGAAGUAAGGAUGAUGAAUACCAUAUUUUAAUAAAAGGUUCAGAGAGAGAGAUUGCAAGGCAACUUUAAUGACUGAGUUUGGAAGUUGUUAUUUUUAUUUUUUCUUACCUAUGAAUGUUGAUUUUAAACCCUUGAUAUCUGAAAAUAAUGUUUGUGUUUAGGAUGAUAAAAAUUCAUAAUGUGACAUAGAACAAAAGGACUCGUCUUUAACCACUGCAAAGCAUUUUUAUUCAUUUAGUGCAAAGUGAUUAUUUGUGCAGUCCCAUCAUUUUGCAAUUUUGUUGUCUAAGCCAAGAAAGGUUGCACUUUUGUGAAAUGACUAUGACAAAGAAAGCAAGGAGAUGCUUCAAAAGAUGAGAGGUGUAUUAUUAUAGCAUCAAGAUAAUGUGAGAGGAAAUGAUAAUAAAAGGACACUUCAUCUUAUGUGAUUUGAGCUGGUUUAAUUUGAAUUUAGACGUUGAUAAAUUAGCUCAAAACCCUCAACUCUGAAAAUUCAGGUGAACAGAACUUAAAUGAUAUCAUUAAAUUUACCAUAUAUGUGUUUUGUUUAAUAUGCGAUAGGCCUUUUAAAAGUAAGAGGAGCAAUAACACAUGUGUCAUUGGGCAAUCGUGUGUGUAUAUACAGCACUAUUAUAUAUGUAUAUACAGUGUAUAUACAUGUAUAUAACUUACAGAUGCUGAAUUCUGUGUAUAGUGUGCAUUUUUAUUACAUGUAUAACACUUUCCAUUUUCUGCAUUUAUUUUUCCUGUCUAGAUACCCCUCAAGUGAGGCUGGAUGAAAUUAUGAGUUUUCAUUUUGAGAAUAUUUACCUGUAAAAAGUAAUGCUGUAAUGAAUACUUCUGAAUUUAAAAGUUCUUUUAUCUGCCA